AUGCAGUUCUACGAGGGGAUCCUUAUUAUAGUUAUAGGCGUUUUCUGCUCGCUCAGCGAGUUGGAGGGCCAUGGCAUGAUGUUGAAUCCUGCAGGGAGGUCUUCACGUUGGCGUUACGAUUCGUCGGCGCCAACAAAUUACGAUGAUAAUUCAUUAUAUUGCGGUGGCUUAUGGAAACAAACCGAAAAUGGUGGAAACUGUGGACUUUGUGGAGAUGAUUGGAGCUUGGAUCAGCCGCGCCCCAAUGAGCUGGGCGGAAAAUAUGGCAGUGGAGUGAUCGUGAAGAGCUACGCCGGCGUAACCGAGGCAGAAAUUAGUGUUAAGAUUACGUCAAAUCAUCUGGGCUAUUUCCGAUUCCACAUCUGCAAUAUAGAUGAAAACGGCAGCGAAUCGGAAAAUUGCUUUAACCAGUAUCCCUUGAAUUUUAUCGAUGACAGCCAGAAAUACAACAUCAACACAACCACCGGCGAUAUCCCAGUAACCGUGAAACUUCCCAGUGACCUCAACUGCAUUCACUGCGUUUUGCGCUGGACCUAUACGGCGGGAAAUAAUUGGGGCGUUUGUGAGGAUGGAACCGGGGCCAUGGGAUGUGGUGACCAGGAAACCUUUAAAAGCUGCGCCGAUAUCAGUGUACUGUCCUCAGCGAGAAGUAUCAUUCAGGAGCUGCCAGUUGAAGUGGCGGAAUCAGUUUAA